AUGGGACAACAUGGGACUACAUGGGACAACAUGGGACAACAUGGGACAUUCUGGGACUACAUGGGACAACAUGGGACACUCUGGACAACAUGGGACACUCUGGAACAACUUUGGACAACAUGGGACACUCUGGGACAACAUGAGACAACAUUGGACAAUAUGGGAUACUCUGGGACAAUAUGGCACACUCUUGGACAACAUGGGACACUCUGGGACAACACGGGACACUCUGGGACAACAUGGGACAACAUGGGACACUCUAGGACAUUCUGGGACCACAUGGGGCAACAUGGGACAACAUGGGACAAUAUGGGACACUCUGGGACGAUAUCGAACACCCUGGGACAACAUGGGACACUCUGGGACAACAUGGGACAACAUGGGACACUCUGGGACACUCUGGGACCACAUGGAGCAACAUGGGACAACAUGGGACAAUAUGGGACACUCUGGGACGAUAUGGAACACUCUGGGACAACAUGGGACACUCUGGGACAACAUGGGACAACAUGGGACACUCUGGGUCACUCUGUGACAACAUUGGACAACAUGGGACAACAUGGGACAACAUGGGACACUCUGGGGCAACAUGGGACAACAUGGGACACUCUGGGACAACAUGGGACAACAUGGAACAUUCUGGGACUACAUGGGACAACAUGGGACACUCUGGACAACAUGGGACACUCUGGAACAACAUGGGACAACAUGGGACACUCUGGGACAACAUGA